UUGCAGCAAAGGCCAGUCCAGCCCCCAACCCCAAGCCCCUAGCGUCGACUUUCGCUCAGGGGCCCUUUUGGUUUCGGUGCCAAUCGUUGCAUGUGGGAGAUCGAUGCAGCCCUACGGGGCAAGGUGCGUGAAGCACCUCUGAGAGCUUCACUAGGCGUUCCAGCCCUUUUUGGAGCUUUACAGGAGUCACACUACGACUUCACCGAACGGCUGCUGCCUUUAGCUCGCAGCUUUAGGUGGUGAUACAGAAGUCAGGAUCGUAUAAAGACGGCACGGCCGUAACUUGUUUCUUUGCGGUCUCCUAUUCUCCUUGUUCGAAUCCCUCUAAUUUUUUCCCCAGCAGCGAAACAGUUCUUGAGUCGUGAUGGCACCGAUCAGGAUGCUAACCACCCUUGCCACCUGCUUCCUUGUUUAUGGCAGUGUCCUUGCUGCUCCUGAUGCAGGCAACUCGUCGCAGCAUGUGGUGCCCAAUGCGGCCGGCGACAGCGCCCUCGAUCUUGCCAAAGUCCGGCAAUACAAGUCUCUUCUUGACGAUUUCAACUGGAGAGACAAGUUUGACGAGGGGUUCAAAUGGCACGACAUCAUCGACAGUUACACCCCAGCCAAUGCGGACUGCUCGCCGAGAUGUCUGACCUGUGCACCUGGCUGUAACCCAAGAUGCUGUGCGCUCGACAGUUCAAAAGUGACCGGUGACAGGGCCAAGGGCUCUCCUGACACAUUCAUCUCCCGCCCGAUCAUUCCCGGCAUCGGGCGCCCUCUCCCCAUUCCACCACUUGGCUGUCCUUGCCAUUGCGAGUCCUGGUGCCCGAGGAACGUUCAAAUCAUCUGCUGCUUCACGCCAGCCUCUGCCUCGCCAGACGAACCGGGAGCUUCCGCGGCGGCACGUCAGCAGACCGGCGUCGUCGUCGACGACGACACACAGGAGACUCUCCUUGACCCGAUCGUCCCUCCUCAGGAACACUUCUGGGGCCGGCCGAGCCGCCCACUCGCCUGCCCGUGCUACUGCGCCCCGACCUGCCCAGCCUACAUCCAAGCAAUCUGCUGCACGACGCCGGGCUCCGACUCCCGCGUCCGCGAGCCUGCCAAGAAGCCGCACGACGUCCUUGCGAUGGUCACCGAAACCGCGUCUGGGGACCCGGUGUCGGUGCUCGCGGCCGUCAACCUGACGGUCUUUGACAGCUUCAUCACCAUGAACCUCGUCCGCGGGCUCGAGCGGGCCAGCGAGGUCGCCUACAGCGACGAGACCAAGACGUUCGAGGUCACGCUCGGCGUCGCGGUCGGGCCCAAGGGCACAAAGCAGGCGCUGGCCCACACGUUCGUCGUCGUGGACGGAUCACGCCUCCUGGAGGAAGAGCAGAUCUUGCUGGGCAUGGGCUUCAUGAGCAGGAUCGGUGUCCGAGGCGGAGCGGGAGCGGGAGAUGGGCCCGUGAAUGUCAACAAGGACUUCCUGACUCCCUUGGAAGAGGGCCUCCCCAUCCUCACGGGCGUUUAGUCAGAGUGUGAAAAGGGUGAUCGUUGGCCUUUGAGCCUGAAGAGCUCCAGGGCAAGAAUUAUACAUUGAGAAUCCAAGAGGUUGGGAACGCUGUUCACGAGGUCCCAAUUCUGACAGCGGUGAUGCAGCCGACAAAAUGAAUGUAUGAAUGAACGAGUUGAUUCGCAGGGCUGGGACGGGGGAACUGGAUUCCCGAGAAGGUGGUGAGAAGGGAAGGAAUGAAAUAUCUGCUGCCGAGUCAAACCCUCCUCUUUUCAUUCCUUGUCUGUGUCUUCAUUUCCUCUGUUCACGCACGUACAAGGACACACACAAACACAUGGUGUUUCUCCCUCUUUGAGAGUUCACGAGGUUCAGAAGAUUCAAGAAGAAACAUCCAAAUCAUGUACAUCUAUAAAAUAUGAUACAGUCUAACACACGCCCCGGGAAGGGGGUCGAAAAUCAAGACGGCAG